AUGGCAGGUAUAUAUAAUUUUAGAUACAUUAUUAAUUUUAAAAAUUAUAUAUUCAAAUAUUGCAUUCACUUUUUACAAAUACAGUAUGUAACUCCAGGAAAUAUCCAUAUCUCCGCCAUGGAAGAGAUUGGAAAUUCCACAGAAUAGGGGGGUUCAUUUCUUAAGAUUUCCAGUCUGGGGAGGUACAAAAGCCUGCAAGCAAAUAAUUGGGUUUAUAAACCCAUUGAGCGGCAAAUAUACGGCCCAGUGCACCCUACUUAUUUUUUUUUUACUUGUCAAAUGCCAGACAAUUUUACUCAUCAAUGGGGAAGCUCUGCAGCUUAAUGGGUUAAAGUGUUAUUAAACCUAUUAAAACACAUAAAAAGGUUCAGGUCCUUAUCCCUACCCCCACAUCACAAUAUUACUAAAACGAUUUGUCUAACAAAAUUAAAAUUUAUCUUGGAACGUGUGAAUUGUGUGUUUGUUUCAGAUGCGUCACAACGUUGCAUAAUUGAAUUAAAGACCUAAAUUUCUAUUGCUGCGACCUGCUAAAAUAUGCAAAGUCUCUGGGCCACACAACAUUGGUCAUGGCCCCACCCCCAGAUUAAGAAAAAAAGGCGAGUGCCUGGGGGGGGAUGGGCAAUUAAGAGGCAAAAUAGAUUUUGAACUUUGCUUUUUUUUAUAUAGAUUCCAGUUGUAAAUCACCCAAAAAAGAAGUGCAAUGUUAUGUUCAUGCGGUUUCACCUGUGAAGACAGCAACUUCAAAUAACCGUAAAUAUUUCAAUUGCACAAUUCAAAGUGAAGAAAAAGUCACAAGGGCAGUAUGUUUUUCCCCAGACAAACAUUCACAGCUGAAAACCCUGCAGCAAACAAAAAGUCCUAUAAAGAUCGAGAACUUUGGACAUGCAAGAAAUGAUGAGAAUGGUGAUAUGUUAAUCCACAAGUUCACAAAGAUAGUACCAAUAGAUGCUACCACAAUUUCAUUCCCUUAUUCAGAUAAUUUAACUGCUAGUGGUAUUAUACCCAUCUCCUCCAUUGCAAAUUUAGCUGUGGAGCAGCUUGUUUCAGUUAAGGCAGAAGUUGCUCAUUUGUCAGGUGUGAAGAUUUUACAAACACAACAUCAAGGAACCCUUAAAAAACAAGAGGUUAUCAUAAGGGAUACAACAAGUUCUAUCAAGUUGACUCUUUGGGGGAACAAUGUUGACACACUAGCACUUAACGAUACAUAUAUUCUUAAAAACCUGCAAGUAAAGUCCUUUAACGACACGAAGUUCCUAAACACUGCAAAGGGGGAAGAAUGUGUGCAUGAAGAGAGUACUCCCUUUGAACAGGCAUGUGUUAGUAUUGAUAACAUUACUGAUUUUGCAGAGAAGACAAUCUUUGCUAAAGUUUUAGGCAUUCACCAAGUCACACGAAGUCUCUCGUGUGUUUCAUGUAAUAAAAAAGUGGUACCGAAUCCUGAUGAUGACAGUCUUGGAGCCUGUGAAAGUUGUUAUUUGAAACAACUGACAGAAACGUGUAAUGUCAAGUGGUAUCUUCGUAUACUUGUUCAACCAUUGACGGAACCUAAUCGAAAGCUGCAUUUGACUCUUUUCAACCAACAUGUCACAGAGUUGUUGGCCCUUGUCAAUACUGAUGUAGAUCCAGAUAAAGCUUCACCAAAUGAAAUAGAAAGUGCUUUUUUGAGAGCAACAGGAAACAUCACUUUCACAUUCGACACAAUGGACCACAAAGUUAUUGCUGUGGAAUAG